CUUCACCAUCUCUCCAUCACCAAGGGAAAAAAAAACUAAACAAUUUCUUGUUUCACUUCUUCAAUUCCAGAAUCGAUUCUUUAACAUGGCGACCUUUAUAUUUCCAUCUAACCCUUUUCUACUAGACUCCAUUUUCUUACCAAACACACCCACCAAAGUGUCUGGUUUCAUGGACCUCGAAGCAAACCUCAAUCCCCAUUGUUUCUCUCAAUUUUACCAGGACUCGUCGUCCCCCGUUGGUCCUGUGUUCCACGAAAGCAGCUCCGUUGUUCAUAGCGAUAAUGAGCUUUCGACCGUGACGACUAAAAAACAGAGCACGGACGACCACUCUACUGUUGUGGAUAAACUCGAAAGUGGCGAGCAAGUCAUUCAGAAGAAAAGGACAAGAAAUGGGACAACCUUGAAUUCUGCACCAUUUAAGGGUGCAAAAGAAGGGAAAACCAAGAAGCAAAAGAAGUGCAAUAAUGCGUUGAAAAACGAAAAAAAAGUGUCCAAAGCUGUUGAAAAAGAGGCUCCGACAGGCUACAUUCAUGUACGAGCCAGGAGGGGUCAAGCGACCGACAGCCACAGCCUAGCAGAAAGGGUAAGAAGAGAGAAAAUCAGUGAAAGGAUGAAGAUAUUACAGCGUCUUGUUCCAGGGUGUGAUAAGGUGACUGGAAAGGCACUUAUGUUGGAUGAAAUCAUCAAUUAUGUUCGGUCCCUACAAAAUCAAGUUGAGUUUCUGUCAAUGAAGCUUGCCUCUUUCAAUCCCAUGUUCUAUGACUUUGGAGUGGACCGGGAAACAUUGAUGAUCAGACCAGAAGGAGUUAACAGCACAGAAACAUCCCUACCACUUGCAAUGGCGCCAUCUCAGACCACCAUUGUCCCAUCUCAUAACUAUCCUCUUCUGAAUGUUUCCGCUACACUGUUUCUUCAACAUGGGCACAGGCCCAAUGUAUUCUCUCACCCUCAGACAUCUUUUUCAGGAUAAUGGUAGUUUAUUGUGGGAUAUGGAGGACCAAAGACAAAAGAUUUUCAACUCGUCUGAGCUCAACGACAACUUAUGUUAUUUCCAUUAAUAUUAAUGCAGAAAGAGAGAGACGGAGGUGCCCUACAAACAUCUGGUAGAAAAGCCCUCAUGUCCUGUCUUUUUCUAAUGCGAUAAAAUAUUAAAGAAUUCCAUGUAAAUUUACAUCCAUUCUGGGUUUUCUGCAUGAAUUAAAAGCAGCAUCUGAAGAUGAAUAAAGGGCAGCUUUACAAGGCAACAUUCAAUGGAGGAAAAAGAACAUAAAGGACACGACCAUAUCUUUCUGUAGAUCCAUUGUUGCCGUCUAUUUUGACUCUCCCCUCUCACUAUGUCACUUUCAUGCAGAAAUUUCUAGACCCUACACCUGUUUACUGUGUUCUAGCUAGAAG